AUGCCCCUGGACCCCACUUUACAAGCGCAGGCUCUGCGUCGGGCCCUGGAGCGGCACCGGGCCUUACCCGUUGGGCCACCCCGGUUGGAAUUCAUGAAACCCAAAGCCUACCAGUCACCUGUGCUCUUCAGCUUGAUGAAUGCCAGUGAGGUGGCUGUGAAAAAAUUUUUACCUAAGAGUCACUUAUCCAGGGUGAUUAUCCGAGACAACCUCAGUGCUCAGCGAAUCUUUGAAUUGGAGAGAAGAGUAGCAGAGAAGACCAAGAAGAAAAUGAGUUACUUCUUUGACCACUUAAAGAAGAAGUUCAUGACAGAUCAGCUGAGGAAAAUGAACCGCUGGCGCCGGGAAGCACUGCCUGUUCAGAGAUACCUGGAGAGCAUCCACAAAUACCGAGGGGAGAAUGAUGUCAAGUCCAAGAAGAUGCCUUUGAAAAAAGCACCCCUUCAGAAGUUCUGA